AUGUGCAGACAACAGAGUUCCAGAAGAAUUGAAGAAGAGUUUACGACUCCAUUCACGAUUGAAGAUGAGAACAAAAAUAGUGCGAAGACAAGAGAAGUUGCAACUCAAACCGAUUUGUUUGAAUCGAAGGAGGCAGACAUUCAGACUGAUGCUAGUGACGUGAUCACCUUGAUUAAGCAAUAUGAAACAAAAAUAGAGGAGCUAAAAAGUGAAAUAGAAAGGAUUUCAAAGAAAAAUGACUGUUUACAAAGUAAACUGUUCUCCAUUGAUAGAUUUUGUGCUAAGGAUUCUACUAUAUCCUUCUGCACUUCGCUUCCCAACAACAAUGUUCUAAUGGAAAUCUACAAUUAUCUAGACCCUGGAGAACAAGGAGAGAACGUCAGAUACUACAUUUACUCAAAGUCUGCCGUUCCCCCAGAUAUCUGCGAUCAAGGGAAAGGAGUAAACAAAACAAAAAAGGGAAGGCCAAGACUUCUGAGGCUAAUUGAUGAGUACUUCCUUGUACUGUGCAGGCUGCGGCAAGGUUUCCUUGAGGAACAUCUGGGUCAUUUAUUUCACAUGUCAACACCGACCGUUAGCCGCAUAGUUAUGACUUGGAUAAACUUUAUGUAUUUAAGACUUGGUGUAAUCAACAUUUGGCCAUCAAGAGAGGUAGUUGACACCACUUUGCCUGAAAAUUUUAAGGCAAAAUACAAAUCAACAAGAGUAAUCAUUGAUUGCACAGAAGUAAGGUGUCAAAUGCCCAGCAGCCUACAACUAAAUGGAGAACUUUUCAGCACUUACAAGAAUCAUACUACUCUUAAAGGACUGAUAGGAAUUUCUCCAAGUGGGGCUGUAACUUUUGUCGGUCAACUUUACACUGGGUCAAUUUCUGACAGGGAAAUUGUUUAUCGCAGUGGAUUUUUAGACUUACCCUUCAAUGAAGGUGAUUGA